AUGAAUCUAAGUCGCUCUCUGCGCUCACAUGACUUGGCAUGUUUGAAAACUCCACUAUCUAUAAUCUGGACUGCAGACUCUCAAUCCAAAAAGAAGCAGGUCAGUGAUUUGGCUCGGCCCCUCUCAGAUCAAGCCCCAGUGGAGCGGGCCAGACACUGCUGUCCGUGCAGUGAGGGCCCGGCCUCCCACUGCGGCCCGAUCAGUCUUAUAGGAUCAGUGAGUGAGCCCCCGAGGCGCCAAGCGCUUGGCCUGAUGGAUGGCGCUCUCCUGGCUCAGCUAUACUCCGGCCCCAUCUGUGCUCUCCAUGGCUCCCGCCUGCAGCCUCCUGGUCACGGCCUACACUGUUCAAACUCCAAAUCACCAGACCCACUUUGCUACAUCGUGAAUCUGACACCAGCAGGGGCCCACCAAGCAUGA